UUAUCCAACACACAGAUGAAGAACUUCACCACUUCACAUCAGCAAUCAUUCCAUGUUUAGCAGUGGUGCAGUGAAGGCGUAAUCAAUGCGUAAAGGUGAUAAGGAUUUGUAAUAUUUCAUUGCUGAGCAGAGUGACAUUAAGAAAUCAAACCAUGAAUUGGCCACUGAUAAGUGUCUUAAUGCUGUCCAGUGUUUUGUGUACGUCGUCUCAAUCGCUAGGGCCCAACCGUAUAGCUUGUGGCAAACGUAGAGUAAAGACAAUUCAUCUGAUACACAAAGGUGUUGACGCGAAGCCAGGCCACUGGCCAUGGCAUGCCGCCAUCUUCCAUCGUGUGCGUGGUAAGCUGGAGUAUGCUUGCGGUGGAUCAAUCAUAGACGAGGAAACUAUUCUCACGGCCGCUCACUGUGUCUUCCUUGAGAAUGGGCCUAUCCCAGAGAACCGGAUAUUGGUGCGUGUGGGUGCUCUUCAUCUAACCGAGGAGAGUGAAUACGUGCAAGAACACUCGGUGGAUGAGGUGAUAGCCCAUCCAGGGUACAACGCGAGCAGAUUUAUGAACGAUAUUGCCCUGUUGAAGCUGACCAACAACAUCACAAUGACGCAGUUCGUUCAGCCGGUUUGCCUGUGGACGAUGGAUGACGGUCAGGAGAUGAUCGUGGGUAAGAAUGGUAGUUUGGUAGGGUUUGGACUAAACGAACAAGAUGUUGUGUCUGACGAGCUGAAGCAGGCAACGAUCGGUGUGGUGGACGCAUUAACAUGCAUCAAAAGUGAUCGAGUAUCGUACGCUAAUCAGCUUACUUCGGAGAUGUUCUGUGCAGGAGGACAGCAGGGAGUUAGCGCAUGCAAUGGUGACAGCGGCGGAGGUUUAUUCUUCAACGUGGAAGGCAAAUGGUUCGUGCGUGGCAUCGUUUCGUUUAUUCCUUUCCGAAGAGGAACGAAGCUUUGCGAUCCCACGAAGUAUACUGCCUUCACCGAUGUUGCAAAGUACAUGGGAUGGAUCGAGCUAUUCGUUAAUCCGCGUGUGCUAUUGUUUGACACUAACGAACUGGAGGUGGAUUACGAAGAAAAGCUUCCUCUGUUUAACCUUAACACUUGUGGAACUCAUGCCGAAACAUUUGCCGCUAAUGGAAAACCGACGCCUCUACCUUGGCUAGGAAUGGCCGUAACGAAUGUUCCGGAAAUUAAGUGCUACGUCACGUUGAUAAACGAAUGGUAUGCUGUAGGUGCAGCAAGCUGCUUCAAAGAGGGUGGCAAAGAUUUGCGCAUUUUGCUAGGCGGACAGUCAGAGCUACACGAGCGGAAAUGUUUCGAACGGAAUGGAGUUACGGUGUGUGCCAAUCCAACACAACUUCGAAAUAUUCAACGUGUGAUCAUCCAUCCCAGAUUUACCAUUAACGCCAUUAACAACGAUAUAGCACUGAUCGAGCUUCGAGAUCCCGCAGACACUACGCAGCCGAAUGUGAAACCCAUCUGUUUGCCAGUUACGCCGGCUCUGUACACAAAUCUAACGACUAAUUUGUCAGUGAUGUCCUACUCCUUGGAUGAAGGUCGUUACAGAGACCAGAUCGUAAACUACGUGGAUUUGAGGUUGUGUACAAAAGCAUUCGUAACGUCAGGGCUGCCAGUAGAAGAGAAGAGCCUUUGUGUGGUAGUUCCAGAUGAGGAUGUCCCGAAGUGUGCUUCCAUAGGUAGAGGAGCACCACUUCAGGAGCGAAUUAUGUUCGGUGCUGACGAGCGAUACAUAUUACGAGGCUUAGACAUACUAGGACUCACCUGCACAGGUGUAACGAGUAUACUGAAUGCCUAUAUUGAUCUGUAUGGUUAUCUUGAUUGGAUGCUGUACAACAUGAAACAUCAUGUAGCACGAAACAUCGAAGCGGAAGCAGCGAAUGCCACUUUAGACGAAUGGAUCAAGUUGCAGCACGAACCGGGCAAGGAGAAGUUGAAAUUGUUCAACAUGGAUACCUGUGGAUUAAAUGUAGUUACUGCUAGUUCAACUAUCAUACCCUGGAUCGGGACAUUAAAAGCUAUAAAAAAUGCAACGACUCUGUUGCCUCCUCUUGGGCGGUCAGUGGUUAAAGCAGAGGAAAAUGCAAGUAUAGUAGUGCUUAUUAGCGACCGAUAUGCGUUAGCUCCGGCUCAUGUUUUUAGUGAAGCGGCAUCUUGGCGAUCCAUUAUUAUAGGCAACACAGCUUACGAUCCGCUAGUAGAAAUUGGAUGUGUGUUUCAAAAAUGUGAUCCUGCGUACCAGGAGGUGCAAAUAAAAAAUAUUACUAUACAUCCAGGCUACAACUCAACUACAAAUAUGCAUAAUCUCGCUCUAAUUGAGCUCCUAGAGUCAGCCAACACUACAAAACAAUUCAUCAGUCCCAUCUGUAUGCCUCUGACGGAGAAACUUCGCAAUAGUACACCAUUUGAAUUGAUAGUGCCGUUGUAUAUUUAUCAACAGCAAAGUAGUGCAUUGUUACCUCUUGAUCUAUUGAACUGCCAGGAACGAUUCGCACAGGAGAGUUACUUAGUGACGUUGACCGAUCAUUUGCGCUGUGCCGUGUUGGAUAAAGACUAUGGUGAAGCAGCAACGGUGAAAUCGGGCGCUCCAUUACAAACAUUGUUGCAGAUUGGAGAGAAGCAGCAUUACUUUCUUGGGGGUAUAAACAGCUUCAAAGACUUGGUUAACUACCACAAUCCCAACUAUCCGUAUCUGUUCACGGACAUCAAUCCGUAUCUCGAUUGGAUUCUGGAAAACAUGCAGCUUCAUGAUCGUGAUACUCCGUCUACCAAUCUCCAAUCAUCGGAAUUGAUCCGUGUGGAUCGUAUGCCAGUGCGGAAAACAUCGAAAGGAAGACUUUUCAAUUUUAACACAUGUGGCAUAUACACAAAAAGUACGACGCCGGACGCAGUCUAUGAAACAGAGCCUUGGGCAGGAUUCGUACAAGCCUGGAACCCAAUGUACAAUUUCACUAGCUUUGACAGAUGUGCCGUGGUGCUGAUUAGCGAGUGGUACGCUGUGGGAAUCGCGAGUUGCUUACAGCAAGAAAAAAAGUAAGUAUCGCACGAGAUUUCAAGUUUGCAGUACUUAUGUGAUCUUUUGUUGCAGACUAUUCGUUCAGUUUGGCGGAUACAUUAAUCCAACCGACGAGAAUGGUUACGAAUAUGACGGAAUGAAGUUUUCCCGACCGGCAACCCACACGGUACCAAUAGAAAAG